AUGAGCGCCCGUUGCCCAUGCGGCCCUAGGGCAGGGAGCGCCGCGCCGCGCUCCGCUGCGGGGGAGGCCAUGGCGGAGCCUUCCCAGGCCUCGACCCCAGCCCCGGCCGCGCAACUCCGUCCCCUUCAGUCCCCAACCCCUGCCCCAACUCCGACUCCUACCCCUAGCCCGGCCUCGGCGCCGACCCCGGCUCCCACUCCGGCACCAGCCCCCGCCCCAGCUGCAGCCCCAGCCGGGAGCACCGGGACGGGGGGACCCGGGGUAGGAAGUGGGGGAACCGGGAGCGGGGGGGAUCCGGCUCGACCUGGCCUGAGCCAGCAGCAGCGCGCCAGCCAGAGGAAGGCGCAAGUCCGGGGACUGCCGCGCGCCAAGAAGCUUGAGAAGCUAGGGGUCUUCUCGGCUUGCAAGGCUAAUGAAACCUGCAAGUGCAAUGGCUGGAAAAACCCCAAGCCCCCCACUGCACCUCGCAUGGACCUGCAGCAGCCAGCUGCCAACCUCAGUGAGCUGUGCCGCAGCUGUGAACACCCUUUGGCUGACCAUGUGUCCCACCUGGAGAAUGUGUCGGAGGAUGAAAUCAACCGGCUACUGGGGAUGGUGGUGGAUGUGGAGAAUCUGUUCAUGUCUGUUCACAAGGAAGAGGACACGGACACUAAGCAGGUCUAUUUCUACCUCUUCAAGCUCCUUCGGAAAUGCAUCCUGCAGAUGACCCGGCCCGUGGUAGAGGGGUCUCUGGGCAGCCCUCCAUUUGAGAAGCCUAAUAUUGAGCAGGGUGUGCUCAACUUCGUGCAAUACAAGUUCAGUCAUCUGGCUCCCCGGGAGCGGCAGACCAUGUUCGAGCUCUCAAAGAUGUUCUUGCUCUGCCUUAACUACUGGAAGCUGGAGACGCCUGCCCAGUUUCGGCAGAGGUCUCAGGCUGAGGAUGUCGCUACCUACAAGGUCAAUUACACCAGGUGGCUCUGUUACUGCCAUGUGCCCCAGAGCUGUGACAGCCUCCCCCGCUACGAGACCACUCACGUCUUCGGGCGAAGCCUCCUGCGCUCCAUCUUCACCGUCACCCGGCGGCAGCUGCUGGAGAAGUUCCGGGUGGAGAAGGACAAGCUGGUACCCGAAAAGAGGACCCUCAUCCUCACCCACUUCCCCAAGUUCCUGUCCAUGCUGGAGGAGGAGAUCUACGGGGCGAACUCUCCAAUCUGGGAGUCGGGCUUCACCAUGCCGCCCGCAGAGGGGGCCCAGCUCGUGCCCCGGCCAGCUACGGUCAGUGCAGCUGUUGUCCCCAGCGCCCCCAUCUUCAGCCCUGCCAUGGGCGGGGCCAGCAACAACACCUUGAGUCUGGAUUCCGGAGGUGCUGAGCCCAUGCCAGCAGGCGAGAAGAGGAAGCUCCCAGAGAACCUGACCCUGGAGGAUGCCAAGCGGCUCCGCGUGAUGGGCGACAUCCCCAUGGAGCUGGUCAACGAGGUCAUGCUCACCAUCACGGACCCCGCUGCCAUGCUGGGGCCCGAGACCAGCCUCCUGUCGGCCAACGCGGCCCGGGACGAGACGGCCCGCCUGGAGGAGCGCCGCGGCAUCAUCGAGUUCCACGUCAUCGGCAACUCGCUGACCCCCAAGGCCAACCGGCGGGUGUUGCUCUGGCUCGUGGGGCUGCAGAAUGUCUUCUCCCAUCAGCUGCCGCGCAUGCCCAAGGAGUACAUCGCCCGCCUCGUCUUUGACCCGAAGCACAAGACUCUGGCCUUGAUCAAGGACGGGCGGGUCAUUGGUGGGAUCUGCUUCCGCAUGUUCCCCACCCAGGGCUUCACAGAGAUUGUCUUCUGUGCUGUCACCUCAAACGAGCAGGUCAAGGGCUACGGGACCCACCUGAUGAACCACUUGAAGGAGUAUCACAUCAAACACAACAUCCUCUACUUCCUCACCUAUGCUGACGAGUACGCCAUUGGCUACUUCAAAAAGCAGGGCUUCUCCAAGGACAUCAAGGUGCCCAAGAGUCGCUACCUGGGCUACAUCAAGGACUACGAGGGGGCGACGCUGAUGGAGUGCGAGCUGAACCCCCGCAUCCCCUACACGGAGCUCUCCCACAUCAUCAAGAAGCAGAAGGAGAUCAUCAAGAAGCUGAUCGAGCGCAAACAGGCCCAGAUCCGGAAGGUCUACCCCGGGCUCAGCUGCUUCAAGGAGGGUGUGCGGCAGAUCCCUGUGGAGAGCGUCCCCGGCAUUCGAGAGACGGGCUGGAAACCACUGGGGAAAGAGAAGGGGAAGGAGCUGAAGGACCCGGACCAGCUCUACACAACCCUCAAAAACCUGCUGGCCCAGAUCAAGUCCCACCCCAGUGCCUGGCCCUUCAUGGAGCCUGUGAAGAAGUCAGAGGCCCCUGACUACUACGAGGUCAUCCGCUUCCCUAUCGACCUGAAGACCAUGACGGAGCGGCUGCGGAGCCGGUACUACGUGACGCGGAAGCUCUUCGUGGCUGACCUGCAGCGGGUCAUCGCCAACUGCCGCGAGUACAACCCCCCCGACAGCGAGUACUGCCGCUGCGCCAGCGCCCUGGAGAAGUUCUUCUACUUCAAGCUCAAGGAGGGAGGGCUCAUUGACAAGUAGUCCCCGGCCCGGGGCCUCGCCCUCAGCCUCGGCCUUGAACGCCGCCACCUCAGGUCCCGCUCCGAGUCCUGGGGAGGUCCUGGUGCCGAGGCCCCUCUCGGCCUGAGACACUCCAGCCCCUGAUCCCGUAGCCCUUUCCGGGCCCUUGGGCACCAGGAGCCUGCAGCCCUACCUGCCCUUCCUGGCGUCUGAGCCGGCGGGGGGCUCCUGGGGCUGUGGCUCAGCCAGCCCCUCCACCGGGGCUGCCGGCCGGAGGGUAGACCCUGCCCGCUCUGGUGGCUCUCGGCCCUGGCCCCCGCAGAGCCGUGGAGUCUCAGAGUCCUGGCCUGGCCCAGGUCACUGUCUCCUCAAGGACAGGACCCCCCGGUUUCAGUUUGAGUGGGGGGGCUCCAGUUCGUUGAACUGGAGGGGCCAUGCCUUGCCCUGCACUGUUCUGCCUGUCCCCCAGGGGUGGGGGACGUGGGGACCACUCGUUUCUUGGCAUUAAUCCCUUGGAGGGAUCAAUAAAGCUCUUUUUUUUUUCUCUG